CUACCUCACUGAAGACACGGCGGCCGCUCUCUUGCCUCCCUGCUACACACAUAUGCUGAACGAGUCUCGUGAAAAGCACUGCAGCAUGAAACCAACGACCUCUACCAUGGCACGCGGCGUGUCUGAGGUGAUCCGUAUCAGCUCCUGGAGGACUGCAUUUCCUAUUCCGGGCAUCCUUGAGGCCUGGGACGGGCUGUGAACAAUAGCAACACGCGUAGGACACACCAAACGGCCCCUUGUACGGUACAGAACCCAUCUUAUGGACUGCGUCCGGAAUCCGGCAUUGCGCCCUCGGAUGACUCCCUUUGGUCUAUCGCGUUCAAUCACCUGUCAAGCCGGACUCUUCCACUCAGCCUUCGGGGGCGCUUUCCGCGCCCCCGAGAACAAAGAGGUUUCCAAGGAGCUUAAUCUCAUCCUCGUUCAUCACCCCUUCCCCUCUGUCAGCAUACUUAUCCAUCACUAUGGGUUGGCUUUAUGGUAUGCGUGCAACGACUGCUGUCGCCAAGACUGCAGUAGACCUCUCUGGCGUGCCUUAUUUGUCUACUGCACUGGCGGGGGUUCAGAGUUUAUUAGAGCUGUGCGAGAAAGUCGGGGAAAACAGGGAGGCCUCGCGACGCUUGGCUCAGCAGUGCAACGAACUACUGGUGGCUUUGCACAGACGAAAUCAGUAUCAGGAGCGGAUCAGUUAUUUCAGUUGGAGCCUCAAGAGGGUAUUACGCGACAUAGAAGUCUUGAUACAAGAUGCGCUCCGUUCAAUGGAGAAGUGGACGAGCAAGAAGACGAUCGUACAAUUCGCGAGGUUGAAGACCAUCGAAAACGAGAUCAACGGCUACGCAGAGCGUAUCGAUAAAUUGAUGCAACGCGCUCAGCUCGUCGCCCACCUCGAUACCCAGGACUGGUUGAUUGAGCUACACAUAGCGCAGCAACGUGAUCAGCUCAGGGUGUUGGGAGAGUUGCGUUCCAUUGGCGAGCGUCUAGAUAUAUACGCGGAUGCCAUCGACGAUUUGGCUGGUCAUAUUCAGGUUACUUCGCGUUCCGUGGGAGAGAAUAACGAAAUCGUGAAGAACAUGGAGCCCCUGCUGUACGACCUCUUAACGGUGGUGAAGCAACGACUGCCUAACCCGGAGCUUAACGACUACGAGAUUCGCAAGUUGGGAGAAUACGAGAUACGUUCUGAAAGGCUCGCCUUCCUGUUUAAUGGUUACAUCGAGUGGUAUCGAGGCGAGUAUCUUGGAAAAGGGCAGGUAAUUCUCAAGUGUAUGCGAGUAGACGCGAGAGACGAACCGAAGAUCCUCAAGCGGUUCGGUGAAGAGUGCCGUAUUUGGAAGAAGGUUUAUGCAGCAGAUAAAGGCGAGCACAUCUUGCCGUACUGGGGCUACAGCCAUGGCCCACCUGGACCGUUCAUCGUCAGCCCCUUCAUGCCAGAUGGUACCGUGGUGGAAUAUCUCGAAGCACAUCCAGAUGCCGACAGACUUGAACUUAUCAAAGGCAUUGCACGCUGCCUUAAGGUGCUACAUGAUCUCAAAAUUGUACAUGGAUAUCUCCGGGUAGAUAUGAUACAGAUUGACACGUCAAGUGGAAGACCGCGCCCCCUGAUUUCAGACUUUGGUCUUGCCAAGAUCAUCUCGGAUACUGUCGAUGCACAGUUCACUUUGUCAACAACGCCGAGUGCGAGAUGGCUUGCUCCUGAGCUAGUCGUGGACAAACCCGGCGAGAUCCCCCAAUAUCGCUUCCCGGUCGAUAUAUUUUCGUUCGGCAUGACUGCUCUGGAGAUUCUGAGCGGCGUGGUUCCAUAUGAUUAUUACUCUGAUACUCGGGUGGUCGUUGCGAAGUUUCAUGGUGAGCUUCCGCGCCGGCCUGAGGGCGAAGAAGUAAUGCGACGGGGGCUGGGUGACGGGUUCUGGCAGUUUCUGUUGGAUUGCUGGGAAGAGGAGCCCACGAAACGUCCAACCAUAGAUCAAGUCAUCGUCCGACUCGACGAAUUCACGGAUAGCUCUUCCGGGCUCCACGAGGUUGAUUGAGGCUUACUAUAGCGGAGCUCACCGUUGUGUUCAUAAUUGUACUUGGCAUGCCACGUAGCAUAAUUCAGGCGACGAGACAACGUCCUGUGUAGGCGUAGCCCGUCGGUGGUUCGGCC